AUGGAAAAUUUAUCUUUCAUUCUCAUCAAAACGUUGUUGCUCAUUUUCUGUGCUAGAUUCUCUGGUGGAAUCGAUAGCUUUACCUAUUCUCAGUCUGUAAGUGAUGGGAGGACCUUGGUUUCAAGGGAUGGAAACUUUGAACUUGGUUUAUUCAAUCCUAGAGGCUCUAGAAACAGUUACUUGGGCAUUUGGUACAAGAAAAUCACUGAAAAAACUGUUGUUUGGGUUGCAAACCGGUGUAAUCCAAUCAAUGACACCUAUGCUAUGCUGUUGCUCAACAGAAAAGGCAAUCUUAUACUGCUCAGCCGAAGCAACGGUGUUGUUUGGUCAGCAAACUCAACCAAAGUAGCUCGAAAUCCAAUAGUACAGCUCUUGGAUUCCGGUAAUCUUGUCGUAAGAGAUGGAAGUGAUGAUGAGAAUUCAGAAACUUUUUUGUGGCAAAGCUUUGAUUAUCCAACUGAUACUAUAAUGCCAGCGAUAAAAUAUGGAUGGGACUUGAGAACUGGUCUUAAUCGACGUCUUUCAGCAUGGAAGAACUCAGAUGAUCCAUCUCCUGGAGACUACACUACUGGCAUCGAGCUAAACAAUUACCCUGACCUUGUUUCAUGGAGAGGUACAAAGAAAAACAGGCGGGCAGGCCCCUGGAAUGGUCUUGGAUUCAGUGGUGCACCCUUGUUAAGGCCUAGUCCGGGUUUCCAUUUCGAAUUUGUGUGGAAUAAUGAGGAGGUAUACUUCAGAUUUUACGUCAGCGAGCAAUCAGGUAUUAUAAGGUAUGUUUUGAACCAAACCAACUAUCAGACCCAGGGCUAUUUUUGGAGUGAAGAAAGUAGAACUUGGGUGCUUUCUACCUAUCCGCCAAUCGACGUCUGUGACAACUAUGGACUCUGUGGUGCCUAUGGGAGUUGUGACAGCGCUCAAGUGGUACCUUGUCAAUGUUUAAAAGGAUUCAAGUCUAAUGCAUCACAGUAUUGGGAUUCCAUCAACUGGUCUCGUGGAUGUGUGCGACAUAAACCAUUAUAUUGCAAGGGAGAUGUGUUUAUCAAAUUUGGUGGAUUAAAACUGCCAGAUACGACACAUUCUUGGGUAGACAAAAGUAUAGGUCUAAAAGAAUGCAGGGCUAUAUGUUUACAGAACUGUUCUUGUAUGGCCUAUGCAAACACAGAUAUAAGAGGAAAGGGCAGUGGUUGUGCCAUUUGGUUUGGAGAUCUAAUUGAUAUGAAACAGUUUGCAGGUGGGCAAGACCUAUACAUUCGAAUGUCUUCUUCUGAAGCAGAGCCAACAGAUGAGACUCAAAUGAAGAUAGCAGUGUCAGUCAUAACUUCAACAGUCAUUUUCAUAGUUGGUCUGCUUCUUGUCUGCUAUUAUAUUUGCAGAAGCCACAGAAGCACACAAGGGGAGAAAGAAAAUCAUGGGGUAAAUACCAGGAGCAAUGAAGGGCAAAAGGAAGAUAUAGAACUUCACUUAUUCGACCUGGCUACGAUAGUUAAUGCCACCAAGGAUUUCACAUCUUACAACAAGCUAGGAGAAGGUGGUUUUGGGCCUGUUUACAAGGGUACCCUGGAAGAUGGACAAGAAAUUGCUGUGAAGAGGCUCUCAAAACGAUCCAGGCAGGGAUCAAAGGAGUUCAAAAAUGAAGUAGCACUGGUAGCCAAACUUCAACAUCGGAAUCUUGUAAAGCUUCUUGGAUGCUGCAUCCAAGGAGAGGAGAGAAUACUGGUGUAUGAAUUUAUGCCAAACAGAAGUUUAAAUUCCUUCAUUUUCGACUCAACAAGACAUAAGCUACUAAAUUGGCCCAAGCGUUUUCAUAUUAUCAAUGGUGUUGCUCGAGGACUUGUCUAUCUACAUCAAGAUUCUAGAUUGAGGAUUAUACACAGAGAUCUCAAAACUAGUAAUGUUCUUCUUGAUAGUGAAAUGAAUCCAAAAAUUUCAGACUUCGGAUUGGCUAAAACUUUUGGAGGAGACCAGGCUGAAGGGAGCACAAAUAGAGUGGUUGGAACAUAUGGUUAUAUGGCACCAGAAUAUGCUAUGGACGGACAAUUCUCAGUAAAAUCAGACGUCUUCAGCUUUGGGAUACUGGUGCUGGAGAUAAUAAGUGGCAAGAAAAAUACAGGGUUUUACCAUCCCAUCCAUGACCUGAACCUGAUUGGACAAGCUUGGCGACUCUGGAAAAUAGGAAAGCCAUUAGAGCUGAUUGAUUCGUUUUUACAAGAGUCAUGCUCUCCGUCUGAAGUGGUGAGGUGCAUCCACAUUGCUCUAUUAUGUGUACAACAACGUCCUGAGGAUAGACCGAGCAUGUCAUCCGUGGUUCUGAUGUUGGGCGGUGAGACUGCAUUGGUAAAACCAAAAGAACCCGGUUUCUUGAUCAAUAAGAAGUUAGAAACAGAGUGUUCUUCAACGAAGAUCGUACCAUCUUCAACUAAUGAUGUUAGUAUCUCAAUUGUGGAAGGUCGAUAG